UUUCAUCUGACUAGGCGGCAACGUGCUUCCUUCAAUGCAGGCAUCACCCUUUGUGGAUAUACCUUCUCUGAGCACCUGACAUUUGCAUCAAGGACUUGUAUAUUUAUUGGAUUUCCAUAACUGUAGAACACCACUGGCCGGUGGACUGUGUGCAGCGAGACUGUCACCACUUUGACCCCACGCUAGUUAUUGGACUAUUAGCAAUGAGUGAAUUUUGGUUGUGUUUCAACUGCUGCAUUGCAGAACAGCCGCAGCCCAAAAGGCGGCGGCGGAUUGACAGAAGUAUGAUUGGAGAACCAACAAACUUUGUUCAUACGGCACAUGUAGGAUCAGGAGAUGUAUUUAGUGGAAUUAAUUCAGUGAGUUCCAUCCAAAACCAAAUGCAGUCAAAGGGUGGUUAUGGUGGCCACAUGUCAGCGAAUGUUCAGAUGCAGCUGGUGGAUACAAAGGCAGGAUAACUCUUGUCUUUUUAGGGUUUCCUGGAUGGUCUAUAGCUACUCUUUCCCUCUGUCUUCACCACCCUCAUUUUGCAUCAGUGACUUCUUUCUGUUUUCUCCAUUGUGUGCAAGAUGAUGCAUUGUCCUUCCAUGCGAUGGAACAAGAUGAUGACCUGUGCUGACGAUUUGGAUAUUUUAUAGGCAGUGCCAUACCUCUGUGGUGAAAAAGGCACCAAACUAAAUAUAUUAGGAAUCCAAUUUGCAGGCCCACACUUUCACACCCCUGCUUUUUAUUUUCAUUUUGCAAUUGUUUUUUAGUUUAAUAUUUGCUCUAGUCAUGCCUUUACUCGUGUUUUUUGAGAAUGCCCGGGAUCUCCAAGCACAAUACUAGUUGCGACUGGACUUUCGAUGACGUAGAUGACUUGCAUGCUAUGUAAUGUUGCUUUGUACAGUGGCCUGGUAUGGGCCUAACAAACAAUUGAUCUUUUGCUAAAGACUGAUCAUAAAUCUGCCAAAAUGUCCUCCUGAAGCUACAGGACGCUUGAGCCUCUUAGAAUAAGAGUAAGAACUUCUAGAUUAGUUACUCUAGAAUUCUGUCACUUUAGGUCUACCCAAACUGAUCUCGGUAAUGAUGACCAAUAUAAUAAUAAUAAUAAUAUUGACAAUGAUAAGUAAUAAUAAAUCGCUUCCAUUCAUAAGGAAUUCUGCUGUAAAUGUUCAAUAUAUUUAUUUGAAAGAUCUGACCUCGAGAUUGUAAACAAGUGUAGUAACCUAUAAAGUGUUGUGUUGGUGCUUUUGUCUGUAAACAAGAAAAAAAAAACUAAAAAAACCUUUAAAAAAAAAUCCUACUGAGAUAGAAAAAACAUUCUUGCUUUUUACCCAUUCAUAUGCCUAUGGUUAAGUAUUGUCUAUUGCAUGUCAGGCUACCUGCGAUAUUACCCUAAAAUGUAUGAUAUGCAAACAUUCCCUCAUUAAAUGGUUCAUGACAUCUGAUUAGAAUCUACCAACAUGGUUUACAUCACAGCAGAGAGAGGCUGACGGAGAGAAUCGGGCCGUACUACCAAAUAACUGACUGUUAAGAUGCCCAUAGUCUGAGAUAAGGGGCCUGCUGUUAAUGUCUGCUCUGAGGGCCUCAGCUCUCAUUGUGGUAAAGCAUGAUGGCUGU